CUUUAUAGCAAUGGAAUAGCCAUAAUUUAUUCAGUAACGGCAAAUCUGUGUCGUAUUUUCUUGGUUCCCUCGAUACCACAUUUAUGACAUGCUAUGCAUUGGGACUUUAUGUGAGUGGAGCAAUUGGUGAUCGUUUUAAUCUCAGGAAAGUUUUGGCAUUUGGAAUGUGUUCCUCAUCUAUAGCAGUUUUCAUGUUUGGUACACUUAGUGAAUGGCUACAUAUUUAUAACUACUACUGGUAUAUCAUAUUCUGGGCUUUAACAGGUCUGCUGCAAUCUACAGGAUGGCCUACUGUGGUAGCAAUCAUAGGUAACUGGUUUGGAAAAUCAAGUCGAGGUUUAGUUAUGGGAUUUUGGGGUUCUUCACCUUCUGUUGGAAACAUAAUGGGAGCUUAUAUCGCAGCAGCGGUAUUACAUUAUGGCUACGAGUAUGCUUUCUUAAUACCUGCUGCUAUGACUUUUGCUGGAGGAAUCAUUGUUUAUUUCAGUAUUGUUUCAUCACCAAGAGAAGUUGGUUUACCUGAACCAGAAGAAGGAGAAACUAAAAAUACAGAUAAAGAACCAUUAUUAAAUCCAGAGUGUGCAGCAAUUAACGAAGAUUCGGCUCUCUUGUUGCAAGACGAAAGUCUUCAAAUUAGGAAACCAAAGGCUAUAAAUUUUUUCAAAGCUUUCUUACUUCCUGGUGUUCUACCUUAUUCCUUGUCCUAUGCAUGUUUAAAAAUGGUAAAUUAUUCAUUUUUCUUUUGGCUUCCAUACUAUUUACAAAAAGCUUACGGUUGGGAAGAAGCUGAAGCAGACAGCUUGUCGGUGUGGUAUGACAUUGGUGGAAUAAUCGGUAGCAUCAUAGGUGGAAUCAUUUCUGACAAAUUAGGCACCCGAUCACCAGUUGUUGGAUUUUUAUUAUUAUUAAGUCCUGGAUCGCUGUAUUUAUAUUACGUUUCUCCUGCAAACAAGAUAAUAAAUGUCUUCCUGAUGAGUGUAAUGGGCUUCUUCAUCGGGGGUGCUUCCAAUUUGAUAAGUACUGCCAUAUCGGCCGACCUGGGUCGUCAGAAAGAAUUUAGUGAUAAUAAAGAAGCUUUAUCCACUGUGAUAGGUAUCAUUGAUGGAACUGGAAGUGUGGGAGCAGCAAUUGGUCAGACUGUUAUUUCUGUUAUUCAAACCAAUUUUAACUGGAAAGUUGUAUUUUAUCUUUUUAUUGCUAUGGUCAUCUUGACGCUAAUUUGUAUAAUAAAGAUUGUAUAUAGGGAUACAAAACUUUUGUUUCAAAGAUGGAAGAAUCAAAUAGCUCUGCGCCUACGACAAGACUAAAUCAGAGCAUAAAAACUAUCUGCCAAUAAUUUAAUUGUAAAACAAAGUAAUCUGGUAUAUAUUUUUACAAUGUGUUAAAAUCUCGACAUUAUUGUCAAUAAAAAAAUUAUUUUUAGUUUAUUCUGAAUUUUUUA